AUGUCUUAUGAGGAGUCCAUGGCAUUCAAUGUCCCUGCCAAUCUGUGGGAGACCCCUACUUCCUCUCUAUGUUUUGACACCAACGAAACCACGCUUUAUACACAAGAAAACAUUGACUCAUACAAUGGUCUGGAUGCUUUCGUUCAACAGCACAAUUUGGCCAUGGGAAAUGAAUGUUUUGAGUCUGAAGGGUGCCCCGAAUCCACUAGGGCCCCUCUGAUGACAGGGCCGUACGGUGAUGGAUGCGACUAUCGAUCAAAUGGGAUUAGCCAAACCGAAUUGCUUUUGUCAGCCCCAAUUAGCACGCACGUCUCCGAGGAGACUGACACUACCUUGCAUACGGAUACAGAGCUAUCUCUCACCUUGAAGCAAUUUAUGACUAUGAUAGGCCAGUUUAGUGUCCUUUCUCAAACGCUAGGCACUAAGAUCGAAGGCCUAAAUAGCCGCUUCGAUGAUAUGGAGCACCGUUUGGACAGUAUGGAGCACCGAAUGGAAAGUCUGGAGGACAGCAUGGCCAAAUUGCAUCAAGAAACGCAAUGCUUGGAGGCCAGGUUCAAAACUAUCAAUGAAUAUCUUCUAGAGGUCAUAAGGAGGGAGCAAACGGUAAUGCAGGAACUUGGUGAACUAGCAAGUCGCUACCAUGAGCAAGAUAUAUAA